AUGGAGGCCCUCCGCGAGCUGGGCAUCAGCGCCUCUCACGGGAGACUGCCGGGGCUUCAGGCUACGCACAUCGAGCGGAAGCAUCUUCGCAUCCUGCGGGACGGCACGUGCACGUAUCUAGUGUGCCCGAAGGACGACGGAAUCCGCAAGCUCCUGAUAUGCAGAGCCGGCGAGGUCGUAUUGCUGGACCGUGCGUCCAACUCGACGCCCCUCGCGACGAGCCACGGCGUCGAGCACGAUGCCGUGUUGGACGGGGAGCUGGUGGGGUCCACCUUCCUCGUGUUCGACGCCCUCUACGGACUGCCGGGGCGGCUGGCGCACCUCCCACUGGCGGGCCGCCUCGAGGAGGCCAGACGCUGGGUGGACCUGCAUGGUGGGGGCAUACCCGACCUAGAUAUCCGCGUGAAGGACAUGACGCGAUGGUCGCAGGAGCUGGGAGUAGACAUGGGGGCGGCUAUGGACGGAGGCGGGGCGGACGGGGUGAUCAUGACGCCCGACGUCCCCAUGGGCCUCAGAGCGGGUCCCCCCACGCUCAAGUGGAAGCGCAAAGGCGACAUAACCGUAGACUUUCUCAUGAACGGAGGGGCGGAACUCUGCGUGAUCGAGAGGGGCACCCUGAUCCCCGUGGCCGUGGCCAGGUUCCCGCCGAGCAUCCUGGCGAGCAGACUCCGUUCGAUGACGCGCAAACGAGACGUGGUCGUGGAAUGCGAGAUGGGACCCAACGGGCGCGACUGGGACUGUAGGAAGAUCCGAACCGACAAGGACUCGCCCAACAGCAUGCUCACGUAUCGGAACUCUCUGCGGAACAUCGCCGAAGACAUCCGCUUCGAGGAGCUAUUCGAGCCUAUCGAGCUAGCGUCCGCCCAGUCCGCUGGGACUCGUUCUUCCUCCGCGAGCGGGAAGUCCAGCGUGUAUGAUACCAUCCAGGCUCGCAACCCGACGUGGACCCGAUCCAAGGCCAGACGGGCCCUGGCCAGGGUGGACAGAGAAGAUAUGGUCGGCAUCUGCAACGAGACGGUAGCCGGAGGCACGAAGCCCACGCCCUGUGCGGAAGCGGCGCUCAUGAAGAACAUCCUAGAUCGUAUCGAGGCGCUCCUCGACGACCCCGACGCACGGACCGAGGAGGUCGAGACGCCUACCAGCGGGCCGCCAUAUGGCCAUCGGCUCGUCUGCGAUUGUCCGGCCUGCACGUGA